CUCUUAUAAUAUUUAAACCCCUCGGCGCCCGGCGGGGUAGGCGUCUUCGUCGCCUGCGUUCUUCGCCUGCGUCUUCCUUUCUCCGGCGGCGGCGGCGGCGGCCAUCUUCGUCUUCUUCUCAUAGAUCUGAACUUCCCCGUCACCGUCGAAAAUUUUACUAUAGGCUUGGUCGGGUUCGCGCAGACAUUUAGUUCACAGUAGAAAACCAAGCAGACCUGAAACCUACAACCCUACGCACCCAUAGGAUUUCUCUUCCCGGCGGCCUCCUUUGAAUCUCUGUAACGCGUCGCCUCAAAAUCCACCCAGAGGAGCGGAAAUGGGCUUCAUUUCGUUCUUUGGAAGGCUGCUUUACCCUCUGUGCUUAUUCUCUCAGCUUAACUAGAGUAUGGCUUGAACUUCUUGCUUAUAGAAUGUUAUUAUUGAAUUCUUCAAUUAGUUAUCUGUUAAUGUGCAUGUCAGUCAUUUGGGACGCCAACAUUUGAAUUUUGAUUAUAUUCUGGUCUUUUAUGGGAUCACCUGGAUCUUGUACAGAGGGUAGGUGACGACUCUUUCUUCCGGAAUUGGCUUUCCAUGAGCUCUUGCUUCUCCUAUUAACUUUGAAUGAAGUUAUUGGUUGAGUGGAAACUACAAAAGGUGUAAUGCAUGGUGGGCGAUGCAAAACUCUAGCUCUCCUUCAUCAAUCCAUUGUAUUUUGUCCAUUAUUCUGCUCCAGAUAUAGGUUUACAACUGUGGGAAAAGUUAAUGGCAUUGCUGCAUCGAGAGGAGCAAUCGAAUUGCGCAAACUUCUCAUAGUAGCCUCCAUAGCCAAAGCACUAUCGAAGCCGGGGAUACACUCCCUGGACAAGGAUGGAGACUCAAUCACUUUGUCUGAGGAUAUUGUCCUCUGCGUGCUCCGCCGUGGCUUGCUCGAUGCAUCAAAGAAAUUGGAUUUCUUUAGGUGGUGCUCGAACAGACCUAACUACAAACACUCAGUGUGCACCUACUUGCAGAUGUUCAAAAUCAUCUGUUCUUUACCUAUUCUUCACUGUGAUGAUAUCUAUGACCUAAUCACCUCCAUGAAGCGGGAUGGAUUGGUGCUUGAUUCAUUGACUUUGAAACUGAUUCUGGAUGGGCUAAUUAGGUCUGGAAAAUUUGACUCUGCACUAGAAAUUCUGGACUAUGUUGAGAGGGAUUUGAUUAGUACAAGCAAACUAAGCCCUAAUGUGUAUAGUCCUGUUGUUAUUGCUCUUGUGAGGAAGGACCAGAUUUCCUUAGCCUUGUCGAUUUUCCUCAAACUUUUGGAUUCGUCAUCUUCCUCCACAGUCAGAAACAGUGCGGCCAUUCCUGACGCUGUAGCUUGUAACGAGUUGCUUGUUGGGCUGAAGAAGGCAGGAAUGAAAGAAGAAUUCAAACAGGUUUUUGAUAAGCUGCGCGAAACGAAGCUUUAUCCACAUGAUAGAUGGGGCUAUAAUAUCUGCAUCCACACGUUAGGAUGUUGGGGUGAUUUAAGUACUGCUUUAAGCUUGUUCAAAGAGAUGAAGGAAAUGAGUGGUUUGUUAUAUCCCGAUUUGUGCACGUACAACAGUCUCAUUCAUGUUCUUUGUGUGCUUGGGAAGGUGAAAGAUGCUCUCAUUGUCUGGGAGGAGCUGAAAGUUUCCUCAGGUCACGAGCCUGAUGCGUUCACGUAUCGAAUUUUGGUACAGGGUUGUUGUAAGUCCUAUAGAAUCAAUGAUGCUAUGAAAAUCUUUAGUGAAAUGCAGUAUAAUGGUGUACGGGCGGAAACAGUUGUUUACAACUCCCUCUUAAAUGGUUUGCUUAAGUCAAGGAGGCUAAUGGAAGCAUGCAAUUUGUUCGAGAAAAUGGUUGAUGAUGAUACUGUUAAGGCCUCAUGCUGGACGUAUAAUAUACUCAUUGAUGGGUUGUAUAAAAAUGGAAGGCCCGAGGCAGCGCUUGCUAUGUUUUCAGACUUAAAGAAGAAAGGUAAUAGUUUUGUCGAUGCGAUUACUUACAGCAUUGUUAUUUAUCGUCUUUCUUUGGAGGAUCGGGUUGAGGAAUCAUUGGAGUUAUUGGAAGAGAUGGAGGCGCGGGGAUUUGUUGUUGAUUUGGUAACGGUAACAUCAGUAUUGAUUGCACUCUACAGGCAAGGUCAAUGGGAUGCGACUGAUCGGCUUAUGAAACACGUUAGAUUUGGGAAUUUGGUCCCCAAUAUCCUUAAGUGGAAAUCUGCCAUGGAAAUUUUGCUGAGAAAUCCACAAAGCAGAAAAAGAGACUUUAUGCCAAUGUUUCCAUCAACAGGAGAUGUUGCUGAGAUUUUGAAUAUUAGUGAUUCACAUGGCGUGGAAGGCCGUGGUGAUGUUUAUACGGAAGAUGCCGAGAAGUUUGAUGAUGAAGGUGAUAAAUGGUCAUCUUCUCCAUACAUGGAUUGGAUGGCAAAUCAUUAUACCUCCGAGACUUCUCAUUCUUGGCCAUCUUUCACAAUGUCUAGAGGAAUCCGAGUCACGGAGAAUGGGGAAGAGUCCUUUGAUAUCAAUAUGGUGAAUACGUAUCUAUCUAUAUUCCUAUCCAAGGGGAAGCUGAGUUUAGCGUGUAAGCUAUUCGAAAUUUUCACCAACAUGAGAGCAGAUCCGGUCAGCUACACUUACAAUUCUAUUAUGAAUUCAUUUGUAAAGAAAGGUUACUUCAAGGAGGCAUGGGGUGUCCUCCGUGCCAUGGGUGAAACGUUGAACCUAGCCGACAUUGCCACCUAUAAUGUCAUAAUUCAAGGCUUGGGGAAGAUGGGACGAGCAGAUCUUGCAAAUUCUGUUCUUGAAAAACUUGUUAGGGAAGGCGGGCAUCUUGAUAUAGUGAUGUAUAAUACGUUGAUCAAUGCUCUUGGAAAGGCGGGUAGAAUAGAUGACGCUAACAAGCUGUUUGAACAGAUGAAGGAUUGUGGAAUAAACCCUGAUGUGGUCACAUACAACACCCUGAUUGAAGUGCACAGUAAGGCCGGUAGAUUGAAAGAUGCGUACAAGAUUUUGAAGAUGAUGUUGGAUGGCGGGUGUGUUCCGAAUCAUGUAACGGAUACGACUCUUGAUUUUCUUGAGAAGGAAAUUGAAAAGGCGAGAUAUGCCAAGGCAUCCAUUAUUCGUUCGGAUCCACCACCUUGCUAGCAUAGAAUCUAUCCUGGCUGAGGUGGGCAAUUUGCAACGAUGGAGGCAAGACCCCCUCAAAUACCACAGGAUAUAAUGCUUACAAAGCAACCAAGAGUGGAAAUGAACAAGCCCCGACCAUUAUAUCUUAAAUCUCUGAUGAUCGAGGUUCAAUGAACUCGGUGUUGAUGGUGGGCCUGCGGGAGAUCCUAAAAUUCAGCAUUUCGAGCUGCCACAUGUUGAAGAAAAGAGAGGAUGAAACAUAUAAUACUCGGAGCCAUCAUAAUGAAGCGCUUGGAAGUUUGCCUUUUGUGGUCGGGAGCUCUUUUGGAGCUUUAAUACUACUGGUAACCAUUUCACCAUCUUCAUUUGUCUCGUCUGCUCGACAUAAAUGAUUCUUCUUGCACUCCCCGCACAGCUCCUGCAUCAAGCAAUUGCUGCGUUAACUAUGAUUGAUACUGAUAAGAGCUUGGGCCUUACUCGGGGACAAUGCCGAAUAGAUCAGCAAAAAUGAUGUCUCCUCCAAAAUCGAAAACAAACUAUGAGUUCCCGUCACGGCUUUGGCGUGCUGCAAAAUUUUAGGAUGGUAAUUUCCAGAAUGAUGAAUUGUUAGUAAGUAUUGGCAAUCUUCGAAUUUCUUUAGUUACAUUCUAAUGCUAGUUAUUGGUUGCUUGCAUUUCCUUAAUUUUUUUCUAUGUGAAGA